AUGCUCCUCCGUCUCUUUGCGGUGGAGGAGUCUGGAGACGACGCUCAGAAAUGGCACCUCGCAAGGGGAAGGAAAAGAAGGAAGAACAGGUCAUCAGCCUUGGGCCAUCAGGAUGUGGCCCAGAGGUUCAAGGAGCUGGGCAUCACUGCCCUGCAUAUCAAACUCCGUGCCACAGGAGGAAACAGGACUAAGACCCCUGGACCUGGAGCCCAGUCAGCCCUCAGAGCUCUUGCUCGCUCAGGGAUGAUGAUUGGAUGGAUUGAGGAUGUCACCCCCAUCCCCUCUGACAGCACCCAAAGGAAGGGUGGUCGUCGUGGUCGCCGUCUGUGAACAGGACUUCUCAAAUUAUUUUCUGUUAAUAAAUUGCUUUGUAUAAGCUAAA